GACAGCUUUCGCGGUUACUAUGACGAAAAAAUUGAAAAAAGUUCGUUGAUGUCAUUGUUUUCCUAAUUUAUAACAUUUUUAUUUAUUUAUUCGUGUAUUUUAACAAUCAAAAUGGCGACAUUCGAUCUAAAUUCGAUUAAUUCAGCGCUUUCUGACUCAGGCAGGCCAAUCAGUGGUGUAGAUUUUUCUGGAAAAUCGUUAAAAUUGGACUCCGCAAACGAUGCAAAACCGAUUGUGGACGCAAUCAAUGGCUGCGCUGACCUCCAAUACCUCACACUUACGGGGAACACCCUCGGAGUAUCAGCAGCUGAGGCUAUCGCCAAGGCUCUGGAGCAUCACCCCGAGCUGAAGAUCGCACGGUUUUCUGACAUGUUCACCGGGAGGAUGAAGACGGAGAUUCCUCCAGCAUUGGCUGCUCUCGGAGAUGGUAUGAUAAAAGCAGGUGCUAGACUGAGCGUGCUGGACCUGAGUGACAAUGCGUUCGGACCCAUCGGUGUCGAGGGGCUUGCUAAGUUACUGCAGAGUGAUGUGUGCAGUGAGUUGGAGGAACUACGGCUAAACAACAACGGUCUAGGUAUCACCGGUGGUCGCUUACUAGCGAAGGCAUUGGCAGCGCGACCUCGCAAGCUGAAGAUAUUCAUAGCAGGCCGCAAUAGGCUGGAGAAUGAUGGAGCUACUGCGCUGGCUAAUGUGUUCAAGAACAUGGGCACCCUAGAAGAACUAUCGAUGCCUCAAAACGGGAUCUACCACGUCGGUAUAUCGGCGCUAUCGGACGCGUGUCGUCAGAAUCGACGCCUGGCGCGGCUUAACCUCAACGACAACACGGUCGGCGCCAAGGGGGCGCGGGCCAUCGCUGACGCACUGCCCAAUCUGAAAAACUUGAAGAGUAUAAACUUUGGCGACUGUUUACUGAAGAGUAAAGGAGCCAGCGCGCUCGCGAAGGCUUUCAAGGACAAUUCUAUAUUAUUAGAGUCCCUGGACCUGAGCCACAACGAGAUCGGUCGGCAGGCGUGCAUGGAGGUGGUGGACGCCAUCACCGCGCUGCCCGACAGCGGGGACCGCCUCAGCAGGGUCGUACUCGCUGGCAACAGUCUGGGCGGCGCCGGCAACAAGAAGACGAUGCGAGACAAGCUCGGAGCAUCAGCGGAACUCAGCGACGGAGAGGGCAGCGAGGACGAAUACGUGACCGAUUCAGAAGAAGAAGGCUCCAAUUCAGAAGAUGAAGCGGACGAUGAUGAUGACCAGGCGGGAGACGGGUCCGAGGACAGCGCCACGGAGGAUGCACAGCAUCUCGACAGUUCAGCUGACUUCGGGAACAGUGUCACCUUGGAUACUUCAGGAGUGGAGGAAGUGGAGUCGGACGUGGGCCGGUUCCUGGCGCAGCCUACAGUGGAGAACUUGGAGAGACUGGGCCCCAACGCACACGAUGUCAUCGAUGCACAUCUACAGUCUAUAAAAGACCCAGCCUCGCUAAUCCAAGCGUACGUAGACGCUACCUUCAGCGCGGCCGGGCUCUCGGAGCGGAGCGCGCUGGCCCGCGACGUGGCCGGCAAGCUGUUCCCCAUCCUCAUGGAGCGCGCUGGAGAACAACACGCCGCCGCGUGGAUACUCGCCAAUACUGUGCUUAGUGCGCUGGGGCUCAUUAAGUCAGAAGACAAGCACCGCCGCAUCCGCUGGGCGCUGGGUCCCUGCUACAGCUCCCUGUCCCGAGUCAUCGACGCCCCCUACUUCCCCCACGCGCUGCGGGACACCAUCCGAUUCUUCGCCAGCAGUAAAAAGAACUCCAUCCCCUUCGCUGAAUGCCUGUGUCGGUAGAAUCAUGUUGGGAACUUGGCUUCCACAUUCAUUUCCAUGUUUUAUGGACUAUUCAUGUAGUUUUUUGAUGAGCUAACUCGACAAUAGGGGUCAAAAUAAUUAAUUGUUACAACUUUUCAAUACAAUAAAAUAUGUAUUCAAAAAUAAUCACACUCACACACACAACGUCACGCCUUUUAUCUCCGAAGGGGUAGGCAGAGGUGCACAUUACGGCACGUAAUGCCGCUAUACAACGUACACCCACUUUUCACCAUGUGUGUUAUAAGUCCCAUGUAAUAGGGCGUGAGCCUAUUGCCAUAUCCUGGACAGAAUUCCAGACUCCGUGCUACUACCGAGAAAUUUUCGAAAAUUCGAAAAAAGCCUAGUAAUACUUUGCCCGACCCGGGAAUCGAACCCGAGACCCUUUGUUCGGCAGUCGCACUUGCGACCACUCGACCAACGAGGCAGUCAUACUCUCAUUCAUAAAUUUGAUGAACUACUUAAUUUUCCAUUUUUUCUAGCUAAAUUUCUAGAAAUAGUAUGGCUAGAAACUAGUCGAGUUACCUUGUCAAACAGUUACAUGAAUAAACCGUUUAACAUAAUUAAUUUAAUUUAUACCCGUUUCUAUGAACCACUCCUAAAUUUUAAGGGACCUCUUAGCUAAGAUAAGUGUCCACAGGCCCGCAUCAUACGCAUCGCACGCAACGGAUUUUAGUUUGUCUUGUAUAGAAACUCAUACAACUGCGUCCACUGAUCCGCAUCGUACGGACCGCAUCAUGAAAGAAAGAAAGAAAGAAAAAUCAUUUAUUCGGCACCGGGCACGAUGCACCAAAACAAAACACAAAAUAGAAAAAAAAAAGUGGUAAAAUUAAUUAAUACAUUCAAAAAACACAAAAAAGUGCACUAUUUAAAUUAUAUAUAUAAAAAAAAAAAACAUACAAACACACAACAGGUAAAAAAAACAAGGUGGCAACGUGCCCAAGCCAAAAGGGUUGCCACCUCAGUAUGAGCUGGGCACCGAAAGUACCCAGCACUGGUUUUCAGUUGGCACCCUUUGCAGUGACCCACGGACGGAGACAACGCACAAAACAAAACACAAAAGUAAUAUAGUAAAAUAAAAAUUAACAGAAUAAAUAAAAAUAAAUAAACAGAAUAUUAAAAUAAACAUACAUACAUAUAUUUUAGAUAUUAGAAUACCAAUUUAACAAAAUAAAAAUAAAUGAUAACAAUUAAAAAGAACAUAAUAAAAGAAAAACAUAAUAUUGUGGGUAGGUGUGUGAUCGUAGGGUCACCCCGCAGCACGACACUCAUUUGACUCCUACCUGUAAAAGUAGUCGCUUUGUCGGCAUUACCCCAUGGAAAAGAAUAAAUUAUCUAGACUAUGUACAUGUCUAGAUAACAGUGCGCGGAAGAGCGAGCGUGGAAGAUAUAAGAAAAUAUAAGGCAAUCAUCGGCAAUGCCUACAUGCGAUGCGUACUGAUGACGUCACGCUAUUUACCCUGCAAAAAAACUAAUUAGAAUAUUACUAAACUAGCUUCCGCCUGCGACUCCGUCCGCGCGGAUGUCGGUCUUCGCGUGGAUGUUUUAUUUCUCCAUUUUGAGUAACUCUGACAAUGACAUCUUAUAAAUAUCUAUUGGACCCAACUAACAAAAUUUUUUUCUACGUAUUUUUCCAGGAUAAAAAGUAUCCUAUUUUAUGCACAGGAUAAUAAGGUAUAAAUAUACCAAGCUUCAUCGAAAUCGAACCGUUAGUUUUCAGGUGAUGCCUGAGCAUACACACAGACAGACAAAAAAAAAAUUAAUCACAUAUUUGGGUUUGGUAUCGAUCCAGUAACACCCCCUGUUAUUUAUUCUUUCAAUAUUUUCAAUGUACAGAAUUGACCUUUCUACAGAUUUAUUAUAAUAUGAAUGAAUGAAUGAAUGAAUGAAUGAUAGUGUUAUAAACGUAAGAGUAGACAAAUAUAAUCAGUAAGCUCCGAACUGCUAAGUUACCGAGAGUUAUACGUGUUAUUGUGAGUCAACCAUAAAAGAUAGACAUUUGCUGUCGUGGAAUAUUUUUUAAACAAUUUUAAGGAGAACAUUUCCGUCAUACAUGAUUUCUGUGUAGCUUUAACCAUUAAGGCUUCACACACGACGAAAGCUUUAAAAAUUGAGUAAGUUCUCCUGUUUUCCCAACAUUUCCCUUCACUGCUCUGCUCCUAUUGAUCCUAGCGUGAUGAAAAGUAUACUAUAACCUGCCCAGGAGUAUGAAGAACAAUUGUACCAAGUUUCGUUGAAAUCUGUCGAGUGGUUUUUGUUUCUAUAAAGAACAUACAGACAGACAGACAGACAGACAGACAGACAGACAGACAGACAGACAGACAAAAAUUUUUCUGAUUGCAUUUUUGGCGUCAGUAUCGAUCACUAAUCACCCGCUGAUAGUUAUUUUGGAAAUAUAUUUCAUGUACAGAAUUGACCUCUCUACAGAUUUAUUAUAAGUAUAGAUAUUGAAGACACCGACAGUUGCAAACCUCACUUUCAGGAACUCAAAAUCUUAUCCCUACCCUGCCUCUAUAUAUUUGAAAUUUGUAAGUUUGUGCGUAUGUACCCAGAAUUAUUUACAAAAAGAGAGGACUUACAAACAAAAAUUUCUUUAAGGCAUAAAAAUAGGCUAAAUCUACCAACGUCACGUCUAAAAAUGCACUCUGAUAGUACUUUUGUCAUGACCAUAAAAAUAUACAAUAAACUACCGGAAAAAAUAAAAAAAUUAAAGAAAUAUUCCAUUUUUAUCAAUAAACUAAAAGAUUUCCUUAUAAGCAAAUGUUACUACAGUAUAAACGAAUACCCAAAUGAGAAAUAAAAGCUAUAUACCUACUAUUACACAUCUACAUACAUACUUAUAUUAACAAAUAAAAAAUACAAACCAUCCCAUUAGAAAACCUAAUAUAAAAUAAAGAAAAUUACGAAAUAAAUAAACAAAAUAAUAGUUACAUAUAAAAAAAAAAACUCCAAAUGACUAACUACUUAACUAAUAAUACAUAGAAUAUAAACACAGUGCUCUUCCUCCUCUCUCCUACUAGGUAUUUUAUUAUUUUGCUGUGCCCGACAGGGUCCAUAAUUGUGACUAAUAUCUAUAUACCAACAACCUGUAAUACAUUAUGGCAAGCAAUAAAGAAUUGAGAAUUGAGUCAUACGGAAUGCGUGCGAUGCGGGCCUGUGGACGCUUACCUUAAGUGACACCUAAAAGUACAAAUAAGCUACUCUUAACUAAGAGACGGUUUAGGAGUGGUUGGUAGGAAUGGUUUAAAGUGUGCUGUGCAUACUUAGUAGUUUAAUGACUAUAAUAAAAUGUUACGACUUUUGCUA